AUGGCUGCGUCUCUGUCCCGUGCUCUGAAAUUACCGGGGGCGAUGCGAUCCGCGGCGUUCCUGCUGCCGCUGUCCUGCGCCGCUCUGCUGGUGCUGCUGUGUGCGUUUCUCAUUCCCUGCCCACAGGGGGCGCCGCUCCGGACGCAGUGGGAGAGAGAGCUCGGAGACACAGCGGGCGUGACGUCACCUCCCAUUGCAUUGUGGGAUGUGGAUGGGGACGGACUGGAGGACGUUUUGAUUGGCAUUACGAACUUCUCCAACGACAGUCAGCCAAUGAACGCACAGAGCAAAGAGUUCAGCGUGUUGGCUCUCGGCGGCGGCGGAGGGCAGCUGCUCUGGAGGAAGUUGCUCAGAGAGCCGCUGAUCUCUGUUCAGUGUGGACUGCAGACAGGAAGUUCAGAUCCACUGCACUCAUCUGCCUGCGUCCUGAUCAGCUCCGGUCACAUGAUCGCCAUCAAUGCCUCCACAGGAUGGACGUUGUGGACGACGGAUGUAGGAGACGUGGAGUCUCACGCUGUUCUGCUGCCCGAUCUACAGGGAGACGCCUUUCCAGACCUGCUGAUCGCAACACUGCCCGAGGACCAGGAGCCCAGCUGGGAGCAUCUGAGGAAGAGCAACUCGUCUUCACUAAUUCACAUCAGCAGCGUCUCUGAGCGGGUGGAUUUCCUGCUCUCUCUGGUGGUGGGUUCGUGUCAGCGUCUCAGGAAUCUGGAUGGAGUGUCAGCGCUGAACUGCAGUCGCAGUGACUGGAUUGUGCUGAGUGACUCCAGCAGACGUCUGUCUGUGCUGAGAGCCAGCGACACUCGGCCCAUCUGGAGCCUCGGCCUCGCCUCCAUACGCACUCGUCUGGCGGCGGGUCACUUCAACGAUGACGGCGUUCCUGAUCUGCUUGUUCAUCGGUCGGCCAAUGGUGUGAGGAAGGUGCAGAUCGUGGAUGGCGCGCGGGGGCGGAGCCUGUGGGAGGCAGAAUUUGUGUGUCCUCGUCUGGCAGUGGAGGAUUCGUCGGUCCUGACAGUUACCGGCCAAUCGGUGUUCCUCUUCUGGGCGGGAGAUCCGCUGGCGCAGCCGCAGAACGUCUCCAAGGUGGCAGAGCCGGUCCUCCGCAAGCUCUUCCUGCUCCACCCGAACUAUCCCACAAUCCUCCUGGAGCUCAGCAGCACCACAGACACCAUCCUCAGCGCCGCCGGUGAGCUACACCCACACACUCACACUGGCCAAUCAGAGCCUGCCUCCAGGUCACGUGACCAGGGAUGAGUGUUUGUGUUUGU